UCUACUGUCUGCCUUUGAGAUGUAUUUGACUUCAGGUUUUGAUGAAGCAGGUUUAUUAGAUGAUUCCUUAAGAUCAGGAAACCUGAAGUUAUGCCUUGUUCUUCUGAACCAGCCUUUCAGCAAAGGUCAUUUUCACUGUCUGUGGAACAAAGCUGCCCUGAGAGCUUGUGCUGAUGGAGGUGCUAAUCGUCUCUAUCACAUCACAGAAGGAAGCCAGGACAGCUUCUUACCUGAUUACAUCAGCGGCGAUUUUGAUUCCAUUAGGCCUGAAGUCGAGGAAUACUACAAGGCCAAGGGAUGUGAGUUCAUAGAGACCAUGGAUCAGAACUUCACAGACUUCACCAAGUGCCUUCAGAUACUUCAAAAAAAGAUAGAAAAGAAGGGUCUCCAGAUUGAUGCAAUUGUGGCUUUGGGUGGACUCGGAGGACGCUUUGACCAAACAAUGGCAUCAGUGGAAACUCUUUUUCACGCGACAAGUAUCACUCCUUUUCCAGUGAUAGUCAUCCAGCAGUGCUCCCUGAUUUACCUGCUUCAACCUGGCAAGCACAAGCUGCACGUGGACACGGGCCUGGAAGGCGAGUGGUGUGGCCUCAUUCCCAUCGGGAAUGCCUGUGACUGUGUGACCACCACGGGCCUCAAGUGGAACCUCACUAACCACAUGCUGAAGUUUGGAACGCUCGUCAGUACUUCAAAUACCUAUGACGACUCUGGGAUUGUAACUAUUGAGACAGACAAGCCUUUGCUGUGGACAAUGGCUAUCAAAGAAUAAGAUGAGCUACAGCUACUUUUUUAUCUGACUGAACUCAAAUUACUGCAGAAUUGCACUGGAGGAAGAACUGUUUCUAAGGAAGUUGUCAUGCACUGAUUUUAUGUAGUGAAUGGAAAACAAGUCUGAAAAAAAAGUCAGUUGAAAUCUAAUCAAGAUGAUUAGCAAUGAUGGGGUACAUCAUUCUGGCAUCACACACUAUCCACUCAGAAGACACAUGUGCUGUUACCCAGUACGAUCACAAACAGGUAAGAACGUAUGUAAAAAAAACCUACUCCUGCUAGUUUGGUCAGUACAGACUAUUUUCACAAAUUUUGUGCAGUUCCAGCACCGAACUACUUUUUUUCCUUUUGCCAAGGAAACACAACACACAGUUGCACACAGUUCAACUUCUCUGUAAAUAGGUGAUAAUGUAAGAGUAAUUAAUCUCAUUUUCCUCUCCUGCUUCAUAAAAUAUUUAGGUGUUGCUGAAGAUUUCCCAGAAGACUAAUAACUUAACCUUUAUACUCUUAAAGCAAGCUGGUGCACUGAAGAAGCUUCAGUUUUGCUGUAACACUAGUAUCAGUAUCUCCCAGUAUAUCAAGUACUGUUAAAGACUGUAAUAAAAGUAGCAUUGUAAUAUCUAAUUAUUACUAAAAUUACUAGAAAUUUACAUUAAGCUUUUUGGAGUGAAAUACAAGUUUGUUAACCUCCGUCUGGGGAGGAAAAGCAUUGCUAGCAUAUACCAGUUUUUGUAGUCUUAGUUUCUAAAUAAUUUAGUAACUAGAAGGGUCAAUAUAUGCAGAAGCCUUUAUAAUUCUGUGUGCAGUUGUCUUACAACACCAGUAUCUAAAACUGAUGUUUGGGUGUAUUCUCUAUCUAACAAUCUGAACAAGUUUAUUGUUUCUCUGAAAGACUGCUUAAUACCUUUGAAAAACUAAGUUAACCUUAAACUUUGAGUAACAAAGUAAGUUUGUUUUUUCCUUAAUUCAAAAUAAGAAUCAGAGGUGCCAGUUCCUAUUCUGAUGGGAAGUUUUUUUCUUCCCAGUCAAGUAUUGUAAUACAGUGCAACAGAACUUCCAAACACAGAAAGGAACUUGGGGUAAUGCUGGCGAUUCUAGAAAUUAAUGACAAGAAUUCCAGCUGCUAGCCUUUUAACUCACCACUUGUACAGUUUAAAAUAGUUUUCUUGCUUCCUACCUUUGCUGGAACAAUGCUGCUCACCAAGAGGAAAAUUAAGCAUUGGAACAGGUUGCCAAGAGAACCUGUGCAGUCUCCAUCCCUGGAGGUUUUCAAGACCUGACUCGACACAGCCCUAGACAACAUGGUCUGAAUGCAGUAUGGACCUAGCUUUGAGCCAGGAGGUUGGAUCUCUCAAAAGUUCCUUCCAACCUGAAUGAUUCUAUUACGAUUCAAAGAUGUAACAAGGGCCACUUUUGCUAAGGAAAAAAAAAAAAAAAA